GCCGUUCUUUUGCCAACAUCGAAUUCAGAGCCCAACAUUUAUUUCGUCAGUGGCUGGGGAACCCUCAGCGAAAAUGGAGUGCAACCAACCCGACAAUUACGUGGCGUCAAUUUGUAUCUUCAGCAAAGAAAAACAUGUGCAGCUGCUUACAGUGGUAAAAUCCAAGUAAGCGAAAAUCAACUAUGUGCAUCUGCACCAAAUCAAGACACAUGCCACGGUGAUUCGGGUGGCGCUUUGACCAGUCAAAGUACACAAUAUGGCAUCGUAUCAUAUGGUGUGGACUGCGCACGGCCGAAAUAUCCCGGAGUUUACACGAAAGUUUACAAGUAUCUUACAUGGAUUACCACCGUAAUGAAAUCAUUGAGCCGGACGCGUAAUUAG